AUGCAGGUUUCAAACACUUCGCAGGCUCCUGUGCAACAUGGAACUCCCAGCGCCUUUGAUGGGCCACAGUGGCCUCACCUAGCUCCCAGAAGCACCUACACAUCGGUGGCUGUGCUCAUGGGCAUCGUAGUGUUUUCUGCCUCGUUUGUGAAUGGUUUGGUCAUUGUGGUUUCCAUCAGGUACAAGAAACUCAGAUCCCCACUGAACUACAUCCUGGUGAAUCUGGCUGUGGCUGAUCUGCUGGUGACGUUCUUUGGAAGCACUAUCAGUUUCUCAAAUAAUAUCAAUGGCUUCUUUGUGCUCGGCAAAAGGGUGUGCAAAUUUGAAGGCUUCAUGGUCUCUUUAACAGGCAUUGUGGGGCUUUGGUCCUUGGCGAUCCUGGCCUUUGAAAGGUAUAUCGUCAUCUGCAAACCCAUGGGAGAUUUCCGAUUUCACCGCAAACAUGCAGUGAUGGGCUGUGCAUUCACCUGGAUUUGGUCACUUCUCUGGACAACCCCACCAAUGUUAGGCUGGAGCAGCUAUGUGCCGGAAGGUCUGAGAACCUCCUGUGGUCCCAACUGGUACACCGGAGGCAGCAACAACAACAGCUACAUCCUGACUUUAUUCGUUACCUGUUUCAUUAUUCCUCUCAGUCUGAUCCUCUUCUCCUAUACAAAUCUGCUGAUGACACUACGAACUGUUGCAGCACAACAAAAAGAAUCUGAGACGACUCAGCGAGCGGAGAGGGAGGUGACACGAAUGGUGAUUGCUAUGGUGAUGGCCUUUCUUAUCUGCUGGCUGCCCUAUUCCACCUUUGCCAUGGUGGUUGCCACAAAUAAAGACAUCCCCAUCCAACCAACUCUAGCAUCACUGCCUUCAUACUUCUCCAAAACAGCCACAGUUUACAACCCGAUUAUCUACAUCUUCAUGAACAAACAGUUCCGGGACUGCCUGCUGAAAAUGAUGUACUGCAAUCGCAACCCGUCAGGGAUGCAGGAAACCUCUCCUGCUAUGCUUGGUGCCCCCAAAGGCAUCUCAUCAGCCUUGGAGGGAUGCGGAAAUAAGGUGACCCCAUCAUAAACAGUGCAGAUGCUUAACUUCCUGCAUGGAGGAAUGGCAGCUGCCAGCGCCACACAUUCGUCUCAGUUUCAUUUGGCACAGACACAAAGAGGAGCAAAGAGGCUGGCUAUUUUCUAACAGCCCAAAUAUACACCAGAAAGUAAUAAAAUAUUUCUUCUUAGAGCUCCCAACAGUAUUCACUGGACCCUGCCCUGUCACUGCAAACUUAGAUAAAAGGUAAA